UGAAGGAUAUUUUUGAGAUUUUGGAAGCUGGGAUACUCACUACACCCAUGCAUAUCUAGAUAAUUAAGUAUGGGGGGAACUUAAAUUUAUUUUUUAAAUCACAUGGAGUUUUGACUUUACUUCAUUAUGGUCGAAUAAAGCACUUAAAGAGUUCCUUAAAAUUAAAGAUUCACUCUUUUGGAUGAAAAGGGGCUUAUUUAUGUAAAUCAAUUAUACGCUUUAGGUCAAAUAAAGUCGUUUGAAGAGAUAGCCCAUAAGUGUGUGGGGGGAAGACAAUCACAAACAUUGUUUUUUACAAAUAAGUAACACAGAUCAUAAAGCAAUAAAAGGAGAGAUUGGAGAUUUCAGGGAUUCUAUAUAUAAGAAAAGUUUAAUUAGACUAUUUCCUUAUGCAAAGUUGCUGUCUGGGCAUGCUGGGAGUUGUGGUUCUGCAGCGGUUGGGGGUUCACAGCUUGAAGACCACUGCUAUAGAGGGUGCAAAUGUAUCUGAGCCCUGGAACUCAAAUAAUGUGAAAUAUGAGAUGAUCAAAAUGGAGCCCCUGCACUAAUUACUUGGGUUCUGAGGUCUGUAAGGUCCAUAGUAAAAACAUCAGGUUCUGUCUAUAGCAGAUACUAAAUCAUGGCAGCUCAAAGAAACAAGCAGUCAUUCUGACAUGUCACAUGUGAUGUCAUAGACAGCUGGAGGCCUGACAUUCCACUGACAGCCGCCCGAGCCUUCAGUCUGUUCCAGUGCGAUUAGUGAGAAUAGUGAGAUUAGCGUCUUCUUUUUCUACUUGUCUGAAAUGGAGCUAAAAGGACUGGGGUUCGUCCCCCUCCUGUUGGCGUUUUGGUGUGCGGCCUGGCUUGCCACCAGCUACAUCAUGACGGUCGUCCUCGGCCAUGCAGCCUCGCCACUGAUGAGCAUCAGUGACGUGGGAAAUGUCUUUCCCGAAAGCAUAUUAUUCAGAAUUGGAUUCAUAGGGACGUCCAUUGGCACUUUGGUACUAACCUUUCUUAUUUAUAAGUAUAUGGUUAUGCAUACUGAAGAGUUCAGGGGUCAUCAGGUCCUGAUCCAGAGGAUCCUGCUGGCCAUUGUGUGGGCCUCCUGUUUUUCCACAGCUGUUAUGCAUGUAUUGUCCCCCGAAGAAUAUCCCAGGAUACACUUUGUCAGCACGAUAAUUUCCAUUACAUGUGAAGCCUUAUACUACCUUGGGCAGUCCAUCCAGAUGUAUAAAUUACCAGGAGCAAAAAAAGUCAUCCACCAUAGUAGAUGCACCUGCUGUGGCCUGACUUUUGUCUGUGUAGUUUUCUAUUUUGGAUAUGAAACAUUAAAGGAAUUAUUCCAUAAUGAUGAAGACUGGGACGAGAUCCGUGAAAUCCCCAUCAUAAUCAUCGAGUGGGUGAUGCUUCUACUGAUCCUGAUAAACAUCGUGACCUAUUAUUCCACCAUGCAGAGGUUAUUGUUGACCGUCUCCAGAAACAGCUGCACACUCUCUCUUAGAGUAAAAAUUGAUGACUUCGGGGUGUAGACCACCACGGGGGCCAUCAAGUGGACUUCUGGGAGAGAUACUGCACAGGACACGGAAAACAUCUAAAGAAG